AUGGUGGAGGCGAACCGCUUCGUGUACUCUUUUCAGGUGCACGUUUGGGAAUCGACGCCGGGUCUCUUGUGUGAUGACCUUCUGCCCAACCAACCGAUCGAUCGACAAGACGAACACCUCUGUAGCGCACUGACACUGAUUAAGAAGAGCCGGGACACGACCGACUUGACCAGCCACUGCAGCCGGUUGACCAAUGGCAAUAAUGAGGACGACUAA